UGAACAGAAAUCACUUGAAGACCCUAUGAUCAAACGAAGAAUCGAUGAACUAUGCCUGCCACUUAAAAACAAACUCGAUGCUAGAGUUAGUAUAAAAUCAUUAGCUGAUAACCCUGGCUUUUUUGUUCCUCUGUUAUUUCAUAUACUGGCUGUCUUUGAAAGGGAACAUCAGUCCAUUGGCGAUCAGUGACAAUUUCAGUCAAUGUAUUAGCAGCAUUUCUUCCUGGUGAACCACUCCCCAGAGGGUAUAAUGAUCAGCUGCAUUUAUUUUACAAGGUAUUUGAUUUUAAACCGCUUAGAAUCAAAUCGGUUGAAUCUUUGUUACCCACUGGAACAAAUAAGAGGCUCUUUGGUAACCUGAUCAGAUCAGACGGUUUUUCUGUUCAUUUCGUUUU